AUGGGGUACAAGAUCACUAAUAUCUAUGUCAUCACCAUGGUGGCCGUCAUUGGCGGUGCACUAUUCGGUUUUGAUAUUGCUUCUAUGUCCGCCAUUCUUGGUACACAGCAAUACAAAUGUUUCUUCAACCAACAUGGCAUCCACGAAGGUAAAUGCGGUGGCCCUACUUCUGCCAACCAAGGUGGUAUUUCAGCAGCCAUGCCUGGUGGCUCCUGGGUUGGUGCUCUAGUUUCCGGCUUCGUGACUGAUAUUCUGGGUCGCCGUGGGGCCAUCCAGUCUGGUUCAGUAAUCUGGUGCAUUGGUAGUGCCAUCGUUUGUUCUUCUUAUGGAAUCGCCCAGUUAGUCGUCGGUCGCUUCAUCAACGGUGUUUCGGUCGGUAUCCUCAGUGCGCAAGUCCCCGUAUAUGUCGCCGAGUUAGCCCAGCCCAGUAAACGUGGCCAGGUGGUGGGAGCACAACAGUGGGCCAUCACAUGGGGUAUCAUGAUCAUGUUCUACGUCUCAUAUGGCUGUAGCUUCCUUGAGGGUACCGCUGCGUGGCGUACCCCCUGGGGCUUGCAAAUGGUCCCGGCUGCCCUGCUCUUCGGCUUGGUCUUCCUGUUGCCGGAGAGUCCACGUUGGUUGGCAAAGAAAGCUCGCUGGGAGGAAGCCCAUGAGGUUUUGGCUUCAGUCCACGCCAAAGGUGACCUAAAUGCACCUUUCGUCCAGGCCGAGUUACAAGAGAUCCGUGACAUGGUCGAAUUUGAGCGCAACAACAAGGAUGCCUCAUACCUCGACCUUUUCAAGGGUCCGAUGCUCUACCGAACCCACCUCGGUAUGUUCACUCAGAUCUGGUCCCAGCUGACCGGUAUGAACGUUAUGAUGCUUUACAUUACCUACGUGUUUGGUAUGGCCGGUCUCACUGGAAACUCGAACCUUGUCGCAUCCUCGAUUCAGUACGUCAUCAACGUGGUGAUGACCAUUCUAGCCUUGGUCUUCAUUGAUCGUUGGGGUCGUCGCACUCCACUUUUGGUCGGUUCUACCCUCAUGAUGGUGUUCAUGUUUGCCAACGCUGGUAUCAUGGCAUCGUACGGAAAGCCUGCCCCACCGGGAGGUCUCGACCAUGUCCCCGAACAGUCGUGGGAUCUCAGCGUUGCCCCCAAGGCUGCUAAGGGAGUCAUCGCUUGCACAUAUCUUUUCGUCGCUAGUUACGCGCCGACCUGGGGUCCUGUCAGCUGGAUAUACCCCCCUGAGUUGUAUCCUCUUCGUCUGCGUGGCAAGGCCGUUGCACUUUCAACCUCGUCUAAUUGGAUCUUCAACUUUGCCCUAUCAUACUUCGUCCCUCCCGCUUUUGAAAACAUCCAAUGGAAGGUUUAUGUGCUCUUUGGUGUCUUCUGCUUUGCAAUGACUGUCCACGUGUUCUUUGCCUUCCCUGAAACAGCUGGAAAGACACUGGAGGAGGUCGAAACCAUGUUCACCACCCCUGGUCUUGUGCCGUGGAAGACCGCCGUGCAGUAUCACCAUGUUCGCAAGCUGGAACAGGGAGUUAUUGUGUCAGACAAGGUGGCAGAUCUUCGUGCGGAAGAAGGGACAGCCCAACAGCCCAACCCCAGUGCGAAGGAGACUACCGUUUCGCAAGUCGAAUAA